AAGUUUGGCCGCAUGUUUGCCACUUUCCUUGUUUAGACCCAAAAAGUGCACAAUUCCCGCAUUGGCGUAAUUUGCGCAGUUUUUUUUUUACAAAUACAAUUUAAUGUGAACAAUUCAAAAUGAAACCGCCUUAACAGCAAAUGAUGAUUACUUUUCAAAUCUCACCGAAUCCUAAUCCCUCUCUCACUUUUUUAGAUCCUCUUUUUCGGCCCUUCUUUUUACCCAUAACCACAAUUCCAUCGCAUGUGAAUUUUGAUUUCGAAUCUCUCCUUAUUUCUACUGUUUAAACUGUGAUUUGGUCAGAGUAUGCAAUGGCGAUCAUGGAAAUGCCGGAGAGCCUAGCACCGACAGCGACGGCUUCGGGCAUUGAAAAUCUCAACUCUGAUCUUAAUCAGGCGGUUCGGAGAAGACGUGGCAGUAGUGGUUUUGAGCCAGCUACUGGAAUCGAUAGUGCGGAUGUGAAUACGAAUGACGAUAUCAGAGAUGAUGCAUGUGGAAGCGGUGCUGGAUUUGAAACGAUGAGUAAAUCGGUUGGUGAUGGAAAUUUAAGGGAGGAGGAACGGAGCGAUGCUGUUGUCAAUGGUGAGGAAAACAAAACAACCGAAGCAACAACGCUGUAUAAAUUUUCUUACAGGGCGUCCACGCCAGCUCACCGGCGAAUCAGGGAGAGUCCUCUUAGCUCCGACGCCAUUUUCAGACAGAGUCAUGCAGGCUUGUUCAAUCUCUGUGUGGUGGUGCUGAUUGCAGUUAACAGCAGGCUGAUUAUCGAGAAUUUGAUGAAGUAUGGCUUGUUAAUUAGGGCUGGAUUUUGGUUUAGUUCGAAGUCUUUAAGGGAUUGGCCGCUUCUAAUGUGCUGUCUCAGUCUCCAACUUUUGCCUCUCACUGCUUUCCUUGUGGAGAAGAUGGCACAGAAGAGGCGUAUGACUGAGUGUGUGGUGGUCAUUCUUCAUAUAACUAUAACAACAGCUGCCAUUUUGUAUCCAGUUCUGGUCAUUCUUACGUGUGAUUCUGCUUUUCUGUCUGGUGUCAUAUUGAUGCUUGUUGCUUGUAUUGUGUGGAUGAAGCUGGUUUCUUAUGCACAUACAAAUCGCGAUAUGAGACAGCUUGCAAAGUGUAUGGAUAAGGUUGAAACUUCAGAUGCGGAUUCCUGUUAUGAUGUUAGCUUCAAGAGUUUGGCUUACUUCAUGGUUGCUCCAACAUUAUGUUAUCAGCUUAGCUAUCCCCAAACUCCAUGCAUUCGCAAAGGUUGGGUGGCCCGACAAUUCAUCAAGCUGGUAAUAUUUACGGGAUUGAUGGGAUUUAUCAUAGAACAGUACAUUAACCCAAUCGUGCAAAAUUCACAACACCCUUUGAAAGGAAACCUUUUAUAUGCCAUCGAGAGGGUAUUGAAGCUUUCGGUUCCAAAUUUAUAUGUCUGGCUCUGCAUGUUUUACUGCUUCUUUCAUCUUUGGUUAAAUAUACUUGCCGAACUACUGUGUUUUGGUGAUCGUGAGUUCUACAAGGAUUGGUGGAAUGCCAAAACAAUUGAUGAGUACUGGAGAAUGUGGAAUAUGCCUGUUCAUAAGUGGAUGGUUCGUCACAUUUAUUUCCCAUGCUUAAGGAACGGAAUUCCAAAGGCGGUCGCAUUACUGAUUGCUUUCCUUGUAUCUGCUGUUUUCCACGAGUUGUGUAUUGCUGUUCCAUGUCGCCUUUUCAAGUUUUGGGCGUUCAUUGGAAUUAUGUUCCAGGUUCCUUUGGUCAUUCUCACAAACUUCUUACAAAAUCAGUUCCAAAGCUCGAUGGUGGGCAAUAUGAUGUUCUGGUGCUUUUUCUGCAUUCUUGGUCAGCCAAUGUGCGUGCUCCUGUAUUACCACGACGUAAUGAAUAGAAAAAGCAGUGCACGUUAAGCUUCAUCAUAAGGAUGAAUUAUUGUGUGAUUCGAGUAUUUAAGUUUUGGAUUCCAAGCUCUAUGCUACUGUUUCUUAGAGGACACUGGUCAUCCACCAGCAACACCAUUGCUGAUGAUGUUUUUCUGGCAAGGUAUUCUGGGUAUUUCCGUCAUCAAAUGAUAUAUUCAGAUGACACACGAAAUUAUCUGUUCUAAAUGCACAACACAAGGACACAAGUGAUGCUGAUGUCCAACAUUUUAUUGUCUUCUCCAUGUCAGAGAAAUGUAAAAUAUGAUGUCCAACAUUUUAUUGUUUUCUCCAUGUCAGCGAAAUGUAAAAUACUAUCUUGAGGUGUACCUGUUGUUAGUAAUCCCGUCUCACCUAUAAUUUCUCA